AUGUGCCUAUGCUGGGGUACGCCCUACAAGGCGUUUAUGAUGGAGGGUCCCAAGAGGGAGAAGGAGAAAGAGAAGGAGAAGGAGGAUAAGAAAGAUGAGAACGUGCAGUUCUAUCUGGUGCAGCCCGGAGACCAGUUUGUGCCUGUUUCUGUAAGUGUAAUUAUAUAUCCUCCUCUUCUUGAGAGCGAUUGGACUCCGUUCACUCUGUAUUAG